AUUUCACAGCCUCUUUUAUGUGUGUGUUGUCUCCUGGUGUUCAUUGACAACAUGCAAGAACUUCUUCUAUUAUAUUUCUUGUUGACUGCCACCACCUUGUGGACAGAAGGCACUACAACACAACCCCCCUGCUGACGUGACCUUAUGAAGCCUGGUUUAUAACACAGUUAUUAUCUCUGUCUGCUGCCUUCCAACUCUCCUCACUAGCUCUCCUCCGCACGAUAUCCUCAAACACUUGAGUACGCCAACAUUUAUCUGCAAGCAGAACGAAUUUGAGGAAACUGUGAGCAUUGAUCGAGGCUCUCCUGAGAACUUUGCAGCGGCUGCUACCCACAAUCUACCCUGAGCCGGAGGAAAGAAUGUGAGUAUCAACUUCUGUCUUCACUGCAUGUGUAAUUUCACCAUCGUAUUCUUUUCUUGCCUGCGUCCUCUCCUCACUCCUCAGCUCCUCCCAUUCGCCCAGAUUCCCCAAGCAUCUGGUUGCUUUGGUUUUCCUCCAAAACUAAACGCUGUAUAAAGCCUGAGGGGUGAAGUGAAGGGGGGCGCAGAGAAAGAAGAUAUGUGAGGAAAAAAAAGGGAGUGGAAAUAUUAUAAAAGCAAGGAGAAGAGAGCGAAAAGCAGGGACAAGCAGGUCACGGUAUGGCGCUGUUCCCAUUCUGCAAGACGCCCUCAGGAGCGGUCAGAGUGACCAGAAUACAACUGUUCCUGUACUGUUUCCUCCUGUCUGUUAUCAUAUACUUCCUCCAUGGACGUAAAGAGGCUGUCGGCGUGAAGUCACCGCAUUCUAUCUUUCAUGCGUUGGGAAAGGACAGGGGAAGACUAUCGACAGGCAAGACCAUUGUCAAGGCAGCAGUGCCACAAACUCCUCUGGAAACACCUUGGGGUGCUCCUUUAGUGUGGGGUGACGCCCGUAACUCAGCUGUCCGUAGGGCCAAAUUCGCCCAACGGGAAAUCCAUACAGGUCUGCUGGCCCUCGUGGUUGGAAAAUAUGCCAAGUUUGUGAGACGUUUCCUCUCUUCUGCUGAAACCUAUUUCCUCCCUGGACAGACGGUCACCUACUACAUCCUCACAGACAAUCCCCGUUCUCUGGAUCCCCCCAUCGAGUUGGGGCCUGAUCGACAGCUGAAGGUGGUUCCGGUUGCAGAGCUGCCUGGCUGGGAAAGGUUGGCCCAUCGAAGGAUGUCCCUGCUUGCCGACGCCAUCAGGAACCCGAUCGGCAGCGAGGUUGAGUACAUCUUCUGUGCUGACAUCGAUCAGGAGUUUGUGGCCCCAGUGGGAGAGGAAAUCCUUGGACACCUAGUGGCCACGUUGCACCCAGAGCUCUACGGGAUGCCACGAAAUGCAUUUCCUUACGAAGCCGAAGAGCUCUCAUCGGCUUACGUGGAGGAAGACGAAGGGGACUACUACUACACCUCUGAGCUGUACGGAGGGUUGGUUUCUGAGAUGUACAAACUGGCUCGAGCAUGCUCCUUGCUUAUUCUGCAGGACCAGGCUAAUGGGGUGGUGGCCCGGGGCCUCGAGGAGAGCUACCUGAACCGCUACCUGAUCAACCACAGGCCGACCUGCGUGCUGUCACCAGAGUACAGCUGGUGGGACUCGGCCCUGGCUGCUGAUGUUCCUGUGCAGAGGCUGCUCUCUUUGGGAAGGCAGUGUGAGGCUUUAGACAAACAGAAGAGAGAGGAGCACAAAUGUUGAGUCAAUCUAAAAAGAGGGAGGGAAGUAUGAAUGUAGGGCUCAAUUGCACAUGAAGAAAGACUUUUUUAUUUAAUCUUGAAUGUCCCGUUGGAGGAGAACUGCUUGAUAUUUAGCAAAUGGUGUUCUGACAGGACAGCAGAUGACGGAACCAGAUAGAGAGACAGCACAUAUUCCAGUUAUCGUUAUUCAGUUCAUAACUCGAGAUUCCCAUUUCAUUUUCUGUUCUAUUAGCUAAUAAAUGUCGCUUCCAAUCACAGAGGCAAACUGCACAAUCUGUUCUCAAUUAAAGACCCAUAUGUUUGAAAGAGCGUCGCUGUUUGUCUGAUAUCUCUUCCACAGCAGGCAAAAAGAAAUUGAGCUGUCUCUUUAAACGAAGCACUGUCCUCUCCAUUAAUGUCAGCCUCAGAGAUACUGCUCCAGUGGCUUUGUGGUCAGCAGCGAUAAGAGUCAACAGUGUAAGUGCACACUUUCCCCCGCAGUGGCCAAUCAUUAACUGGAAGAGCUGCUGUUUCAAGGUCUUUAAAUACCAGGUGGCAGGGGGGGGGAUUGAUAGAAAGGGAUGCAGUCACACGUGUGGUGUGAGCUGCCAUGUUUAAGUUUUAGCAAAAGCUAUAGCUGAAUUGAGAUCAAUGAAACUGGUUCAGGAUGCAUUGAUGUAAAUUUCCCUUAAAAACUGCUAUUUUCCCCGACUGUGAAUUGGAGUAAAUUGUAAACUCAGAUGACCCGGCGCUGGUGGCUGUCUGCGAGUCUGCCACACACACAAACACGCUCCCACGUUCACACUCUCUUUUCUCUUCCGUGUGUUUUAAUGGGAGGGUUAAA